CAAUGGAUUUUGCAAAAUGGUGGUAUUAAAUAGCACUAACUUCAACCAGGUAGUUUAUCAAGAACAGAAGGAUAAACUAUGGCUGGUGGAGUUUUACAACCAUUGGUGCGGUUACUGUAUACGAUUUGUAGCUGUGAUGAAGGCUUUUGCAACUGAAGUGUAUGAUUGGCGAGAUGUAGUCAAGGUAGGUGCUAUCGACUGUGCAAAUUCAAUGAACAAUCAAAUCUGCCGAAAUCAUGAAAUCAAAAGAGUACCGUCAAUCAAAAUCUUUCCUCCACACUCAGAAGAAAACUUUGUAGGAUUAGAGUUCGGAAAGGGGUCAGAGACUACAGUUUCUGAAAUGAGAGAAAAACUUGCCCAGAUACUCAAAUCCUACCAUAACAGUCAGAAGGAAAUCAGCGGACCCGUAAAUUUGGAACUUUUUAAGCAUUAUGAAAUAGAAAAGCUACGGAGCGAGAUGAUGCCUCCAGUUACUUAUCUUAUGCUUGUGUUUGAGCCGAAAGAUUCUCUGGUUGGAGCUCAAGUAGCUUUGGAUGUCUCUAAAACUCCAGAGAUAAGAGUGCGAUUAGUGCAUCCAAGAAACACAAAUCUUACACAUUUGGUUGGUAUGGAGGAGGGUAAGAGUGGUGCGGUGAUUUUACAAAGACAUUAUCAACUCUCUACACAUUCACAUUCAAACUUUUCAGAAGGUUUGUUAGUAGAAAACAAUGAUAUACCAAAGGAAGAUUUAAAUGUGAGUGUGUUGGAAGAGGAAAUUAAAUUAUCUUCACAAGCUGAUCAAGCCAACGAUAUUAAUCAAAUAACAAAUAUCUCACAGUUUGAGUUCAUUCCGUUAGAGACUAAAAACUUUACCAGGGACGGAUUGAAUAAUGCAGUACGAAAAUUCUUGCGUGAACACGGUGUCGAUAUAGCUGCAGAGUUACCUAAAACGCCAAUCAUUCACACAAACGUUUCAGUUGAUGAAAUCAAGGAAGCCAUGAGGAGGGAAGAAGCGCUGAAACGAGAACUCAACGUAAAACAUUUGUCCUCAGUUGUUUUCCAAAUGGAUAUAGAAUCAGCUUUAGAAUAUGCCUUGAAGGGAGAAAUAACAUUGAAACAAAACAUUACCGCAUCUCAAUUGGAAGCGUUGAGAGACUUUAUGUCAGCAGUGAUAAAAUAUUUUCCCUUUCAAGGCCAAGGGAAACAAUUUUUCAAAGAAUUGAAGGAAAUUGAGUUGGAUAACAAGGAUAGUGUUUGUGGAGAAGAUUUUCUCAGAACCUUUAAAAAGUUAGAAGAAAAAUACCGUCCGUUUAUGCCAAAUCUAGAAUGGGUUGGAUGUCGAGGGACUAUACCAACACUCCGAGGGUACCCUUGUAGUUUAUGGACCUUGUUUCACACUUUAGUCGUACAAGAAGAUCUUCAAGAAAGUAACUCUACUAAACUCCAAUCAGAGGCUCUGAAUGCGAUGACUGGUUACAUCAGGAACUUCUUCUCUUGCAGUCCGUGCGCUGAGCAUUUCAAUCAAAUGGCAAAAACCAUUGACGGAAACGUAACAUCACAGAGAGAUGCUGUUAUGUGGUUGUGGAAAGCUCACAACAACGUGAAUCUACGACUGGCAGGAGAUGAAACAGAAGAUCCCAGACAUCACAAAGUCCAGUUUCCAACCAAAGACGCUUGUCCUUCUUGUUACUCUCAGGAUGGAUCGUGGGACGAGACAGAAGUUUUUACUUUCCUCAGUAACAUGUUUACCAACAUUGUUUUGUUCAAUCCUCAUGACUUGCCGUAUUAUGUAUCUACUACGUCCAUACCAACAUUGUAGUUAAAUCUUUUGAUAACUUAAAUAAUAUCCAUAAUAUUACUUAAAAGAGUCUUCACAUAAUAUGUAGUAGGUAGAUGAAAAACUGUAUGAACAUUCUUUUGUAACAUAACUCAAUUUAAUUCAAGGUCUAAUAUUUAUGGCGGAAAAAAUUGUCUUGAAUCAAAUAAUCUUUGAACUGUAUUGUAAGUUAUGCCAUUAUUUAUAUUUGUUAUGUAUAUUUUCAUUUUGUACUAAGCUUGAUAUCGUAGCCUGUACAUAAUUGGUACAUGUUGUAUAUUAACUCUAUAUUAUAAGAAAUCAAUGACUAACUAUUUACUGUAUAAAAACUUAAGUCUUCUUAAAUAACUAUUUAUUUAUCUACUAAAUUAUCCACUAAGAGCAGUUUUUUUAAUCACAGGUUUAAAAGCACACAGGUUGAAAAUCAUGAUUACAUAGAAUUACUUAUAACAUAUUACAUGU